GACAGGCUCGCCGCAGAAGGCUGGUAAGGCUAGGCCUGGCUGGACCGACAAAUCACCUCGCUCCUCCUCUUCGCCUCCGGAUCAGCUGUUGUCAGGCGCUGUUCCGUUGUUUACGGCUCGAUGCAAAAGCUGACUUUGCCCAAUGCAAACGUUGCCGGCCGAUAGGCCAGCACAAAAAUUGGUCGUGUAAUCUCUAUGGAAAGUUGAAAUUGACUUCCCAGUUUCAUUUGCGCCUGCCGUGCAAGCGAGAAACUCUCCUCGACGGCGUUAAAUUGGGGCGGUCCGCCUGUGGGCCCCGACGAGCCGUGCCAUUGUCGUCAUUGUCAUCCCCAAGAUUGCUGCCUUCAGAGAGCGGCUGCGCCGGUCGUAAACGGUAAUCCCUCUGCGGACGCACAGCACAAGCAUUGGAGAUGGAAGAUGGAAGCCCGCGACGUACCGUGGGCACCGACAUAUGCCUGACACAGCGGCAACGAAAAUUGGAAGAGGCGGCGAAAACACUCUCCUGUGCCAAAGUCAUGAGGAAGCAUCUCAUUGUCUUUGACUUUGAUCACACAAUCAUCGAUGCCAACAGCGAUGUGUACAUCCAGAAGCUAGCCCCGAAUGGAGAGCUACCUCCAGAAAUCAAGGAGCGCUACACUCCAAAUGGAUGGACUCCAUUCAUGCGUGCUGUGUUCCACUUCCUGUACGACAGCCAUGUGCAGCCAGACGAUAUUUUAGAUUGCCUUCUUGAGAUCAAGUUUGUGGAUGGCAUCAUUGAUCUGCUCAAGCAACUGCACAAGGCCGGUGGCUUUGAGGUGGUCAUUAUAUCAGACUCAAACUCUGUCUUCAUCGAGCACAUCAUGCAGGCCUCUGGAGUGCGGCCCCUGGUGCACGAAAUCUUCACCAACUACGCAGUUUUUGAUGCCAACGGCUGUCUUCAAAUCAGCGAGUACCACAUGCAGAACUGGUGCAAACUUAGUUCGGUGAACCUCUGCAAGGGCUCAAUCAUGGAGGAGUACCUGGAGCGACGGCGAAAGCAGGGCGUAAACUUUGACACGGUCUCAUAUGUUGGCGAUGGCAACAAUGACCUCUGCCCAUGCCUACGGCUACGGCCCUGCGACCUCAUUUUCCCCCGUGCUGACUACCCACUUGCCAAGCAACUUGCCAAGGACCCCGAACAGGCCAAGGCCAAGGUGCACCCUUGGAGGACAGGAUUGGACAUUGCAAAUGUUCUUCUCAAAAACUGUGUCGUCAACAAUGUGACUGAGUAGUAUGAAGCAGCAAGGAAGUACCAUUGCGCCGUCCUCUUCCCCUAUGCACUUACCUGUGUGUGUGCUUUGAAACAUUAAUCCUUUUCUAUCAGCUGUCAUUCCUGUUCCCGGAUUUUUACUGUGCCUGUUUGGAGUCGCUGCUUUGGCCAAGCAGUGUUAGGGAGGUUAGUUACGCAAAAGGGAGGAAGUACCAAAGAUAACUUCCUUCGUGCACAUAAAUGCCGAGGCAUGUUACAUGCAUCACAGGUCACGAGAGAUUCGUAGUUGGGGCACAGCUUUACAUAGCAGCGAGCAAAAGGUGGGCCCACUUGUGGGCAGUAACUACAUUUUAGCUCAUGCUAAACAGCCAUGAUUAGGGAGACAUUUUCACUGUUCUUGCAACGAAAUCUUAAGUUAAAGUCUGUCUGACAUUGUGUGCAUUAACAAGCUUACUUCAGUAAUUCUUUGUAAAAAUGUACAUUGCCCUGAAAAUUUUUGGUCAAUCAACUACUUAUGCCACUAAUAGUGUGGCUGGCAGACUGUUUUGCCCACUUCAGAACAAAAGCAGCACAUUGCAUGUGUCAAAAUUUUUGCACAUUAAAUUACUAUGUGACGCACAUUAGUUUGAUAAAAGCCAUCAAACAUGAUGCCAUCAAACAGGCUGUGAGCAUGUCUUAUUUUGUAGUAAACCUAAUUAAGCUGCAGUCAGAUAUUUGUAAACCUUUGCGCAGCCAUGUUCAUUUAUUUGAAGGAGUCUUAAGUCCUUUAGAGACAAGGUAGUAGCAUAGUGCUUUACCUCGACAAAAUCAUUGUCCACUGCAUUACUCUCUUGGUGUUCGCUGCAGUGCGCAAUGGCCACCUUGAUUUCGUGAUUUUUCUUGCGUGCUGUAUCCAACAUGUUCAAUGGCUAUGUCAGUCUGCAUAAAUUUGAACCUAUGCAAGGGUUCAAAAUUGCACUUAA